AUGACGAUCCAGGCAUUGAAGACGGUGUCCAAGGGCCAGAAUGGCCUUGGCUCAUUCAUCCUCCAAUGCAAGAAGUUGGACUUCCACUACUGCGACUGGGCUGGUAGCUCCAAGGGCAUGAACGGAUUUAUCAAGUCUCAGCUACCCAAAUUCGCCAAGGCCCACCCCCAGAUCGAGUUCACCGUGUCGCCCCGUCCCGCGAAGCACCCUAUGAUUGUCGGCCACUACAUCAACGGCCGCGAGAAGGCCGUUUGUGUGCGAAACAUGGAGCCCUUGGAGAUCUUGAAGAAGGCCGAACUGCUGCGUGACGCCAGCGGAGAGAAGCUCAAGAGGACGAGCAAGCCCGUCACCAGUAUCAACGCCAGUGUUAGAGGUAUAUGGUCACCGUACCAUGGCAACGGCAUGGCUGUAUAA